AUGUCCGUUAGGAGACGGUUCUUUCACUUUCGGAAGAUUUCAUCUCGGUUGUACUCAAGCCAUAUAACCCCAGAACUGGCUGAAGUUCUCCAUAAAUGGCCAGGAGGGCAGGUAGAUCUUGAAUCGAAGGGGGAUAUUGCAAGACUUCGGCUAAAUCGACCGGAGAAGAGCAACUGUUUGUCAGGAGAGAUGAUGUUCCAGCUUGGUGAAAGGGUGCAGGAACUCGACAAGUACUCGUCUUGUGGUGUGUUGGUUGUCGAGGGAGCAGGAAACUCAUUUUGCAGCGGAGGAGAUCUUGGGCUAAUUGAUCAGCUGAGCAAUCUUUCCCUUGGACCGGCAAUGUUUCAGUUCAUGUCAUCUUCACUGGCCAUGAUUCGUUCCUCUCCACUGGUGAGUUCCAAAGUUACGAACUUCUGA